AUGGAUCGCCGCAUGAUAACGCUUCUGCCCAAUCACACCCCUGCACAAAACUAUACAUCUAAAAACUUCCAAAAGGAGCUAAAUACUAAAAACCCGCCGAGCCGCCGCGGCCCAGCCUUGCAUUUCCAUGUCACUGAUGAGGAAUGGAACGUUGUUCGUUUUCCCCGAGUGGCUGGUAUUUUGCUUGGUUUUGUGUUUCUGUGUUUGUUUUGGGUUUUUUUCCAGUUGAGGGCUCGUAGAGGAUUAUCUUCCUUUGUUUAUCUAGUAGCCAGCACGCUACGGAUACUCACUUUCUACUCAGUCACUGUAUACGCCCGCAGUGACAUUUGGCACAAAACUGUUAGCCAUAACGCCUUAUUCCACAGACCGCCCUCGCAGCCCAAAAUAUGCGUAGGGUACACGCUGGACUUAAUAACUUGUAAUAGAAAGAAUCACAGCGGUGAUUCUCCGUGGGCUACAAGCUGCUCGCUAAAUUCUCACUUAGUACACAAAAAGCUUAAUAAUUCCGCGGUACCCAUAAACGUCAUUUUUUACAGCAGGGCUCUAUUGUACUCUACACGCGGAAUUCUAUACACCUCUAAGAUAUACUACUGCCAGAAUUUAAGGUUGGUUUCUUGA